CAUCGAUGGUUUACUUUGCAAUGCCACAUAGCCACACAACACAGAGCCAUCUGAGCUAACAGCGAUAGCGGUUCAAUAAAGGCCCUGCGGCCAUGGCUAAAGACCCAUUAGCUGAGGCAGGCUAUUAUUUUGAUGAACUCUACAAGUUACGAGCGUUGGAUCCUGAUGUCAGCCAGAAGACCUCAGAGCUCAAGGAGGAGUGUAAGGAGUUUGUAGAUAAAAUUGGCCACUUUCAGAAGAUAGUGGGAGGUCUGAUAGAGCUGGUGGAUGAACUGGCAAAAGAGGCCGAGACAGAAAAGAUGAAGGCAAUUGGGGCCAGAAACUUGCUCAAGUCUGUGGCAAAGCAAAGAGAGGCUCAACAGCAGCAGCUUCAGGCUCUCAUAGCUGAGAAGAAGAUGCAGCUUGAGAGAUAUCGAAUUGAGUACGAAGCCUUGUCCAAAGUGGAGUCUGAGCAGAAUGAGUUCAUCGAUCAGUUUAUCUUGCAGAAAUGACGAUGAGACUCAGCCAGCAGAAAAUGUUUGACUUCUGCUCCCGUGUUUCCAGAGUGCCUGUCCUGUUUUCUCUGAGAGACCCCCCUUUCUCAGAGAGUAACUCUGCUGCAACUCUUUUUCUGAAGCAAUCUCAAAGCUCCAGUAUGAUUCUAAAACAUCUACACCUCACACCAAAUGUCUCAACAUCUCAGUCCAACAGUGAAGAAGACGGAGCUAUUUAUACAUAAAUCUUAUUUAUACUAUUUAUACUGAAGAAUUACUGUGUAUAUCUAGUUUUACUACUUUUGUAUUAAUUGCAAUAUUGCAUGUGCAUGCAUCUGUAAAUAAGAUGUAAAAGCUGACAUCAUGAGUUGGUGUCAGCGUUGUUUGCUUUUUAUUCCAAUCCUCCGGUAUAGCCGGUCUGUGGCACAACAGAAGACCAAUACAUUCUCCUCUUUUCAGAUUUGUUUUCUUCUUUUUGUUUUAUGUAUUUCAUGCAUUCAUUUAGACAACCAAUGAUCAUACUUGAAUAAACUGUUGCACAAUGAAAUGUCAUCAUUGAGCUUUCAAUAAAAAAUGUUUCUUAUGAGGGUUUAACAAGUAGAAACUCUGAGGGUUUUCUGAUAUUCACUUCUUCCAAAUACUUAUAAAGUUAUAUGAAGCAAGCACAUUAACAUAAUGAAGGUCUAGAAACUUUAAAAAUAUAUAUACUGAAUGCUUCCUUUGACUUUUACUGCUGAGGACAGAAAAAAAACAAUGUUUUGGGCAAAAUUCUUAAGUUUUUAGAGUUGAACAAUUAGUUUUGGUUGCUGCAUUGCCAUAUUCAAGCCAUCAGGUGCAGGACUAACUUGUGAAUCUCUGAAAUUAAACCAGUUUUAAAUCAAAUUCACUCUUUAGUUAAAGAAAAAUGUCUCAUCAAUGGUCUCUUUACCAAUUAUUGGAUUUUCUUUUGGUUGAUUUAGUAGGUAAAUUCAUUUGGCUAGUUUGUUCUUUGCAGAUAUUUACUUUUCAGACACAUUUCAUAAAUAAUAAGGGCCUAUUAGGGUGACUGUGGAUCAGUGGUUAGAGUUGGUUGUACUGCAGAGGGUUUUGGGUUUGAUUCCCAGUUCCUGCUGUCACAUACCAAUGUGCUGCAACAGCUUCGUCGUUGGCUUACAGAUGUGUAUUAAUGGGAUUAGCUAAUACUGUGGCUGAUUCUCCACAGGUCCACCCUCUGCCAUAAGUGAAUGUGAAGUGAAAGGGCUUGAAUAGGUAGGUGUAAAAGCACCUUAAGUAGUCAGACGAAUAGAAAAGUACUAUACAACCUCAAGUCCACUUUCCAUUUUAACAGCCAGCAGGGGGGCAACAAUGUCUGUGAGAAUAUAACUCAGUGAAAAGUAUUUGUUGGCACAGAUAACACUUUCUCAUGAGUUUGGUCUAAGUCUUUAGUUUCAGCUGUUUUUCAAAUCAGAAUGAUGUUUUUUUAUGAAUUAUAGUCUUGAUUAGAGUAAAAAGGUAUUGCAUGCUUUAGCACAUGGCAAUAAAAGUGACCAAACAUGAAGGAUAGAGACCACUCCGUUGCCCAUGCAUGGUCAGUUGUGGUUAAAAAUGUUUCCCUUCAAAAUGACAAACCUGAGAUAAACUUAACUUUUGCCACAUGUGCAUUUACAUACACUAAUCAAUUAAUACACAGCUAUUACCAUGCACCUCUGCCCUACCUUUGUUACUGUGGUUUUAUUCACA